AAAAAAUCCGAAUGGUCUGCCAUCAACUGAGUCGGCUAGUACAGUGCUGAGUGUGGAGCUGGAGGACAGUGCAACAGCAAUCACUAAGGAUGUGAACACGUUGUCGCAGGCACAAGACCAAUCGCAUACUCAUAGUGUAGCAGGGGAAGAGACCUUGAUGUCUUCGGCUGCAUGUGUCAGACUUGCGAUCGAUGGGCAUACUCCCGCCUCUUCCUGUAUGCCACUCUGUUUGGAGUUAUUUGCGUAUAACGAGAUGAAGAUGCCGAAGAGUUUCCUCGUUUGCAUCUUGCCUCUCUUCGCUGGUCCCGCUCUCUUCAGCUUGCUUGAGAAUGUGUCUCCACUUUACUCGCUGUCGCAAAUCGCUUUAAUCACGUUUGCAGUCGGAUGGACACUCCCCAAUCUUCUAUUGCCGUCUCUCUACAGCCACUUGGUGCACAACGCGGACAGUCUUCGAGAUGGCAUCUUUGGUUAAGGCUCAACGCUAAUUCACUUCCAACUCGUCCAAGGGCCAUUUUCCUCUGCUUACUUUUGGGCAUUCUGAAGGAAUGAACUGAAGGAGUGAAGAAUUGCUUUGCGCUCUAAUUUGGGCCCUGGAGCCUUUUCUUCUCGCUGUUCUUCUACGUUGUUUCAACGUGUGUCACAGCACUGCUGCUGAUGGUUUUGUCCUCCCUUCCGAUGUUUUUCUUUCCGCAGUGCACGCUGUUGGAAAUGGGCCGCGAGUGGUCAUCUUCAUCGUCAACGCGAACAGUAGACCUAGCUUCUGCAUCCUCAUCUAGGUAUCCCGGCAUCAGCGUACAAGAUCUAGUAGUUACCUUUGGUCUCUACGGACUGAUUUUUGGUUUGAUGGCCUUUUUCGUCUUCGUUUCCCUCCGAGCGCACAUGGCUGCUUCGCGACUCGCAACGAUUCUCACUCUUUGCGCUUUACUUGGGGCCACGUUUUGCACCUUGUCGGGUUUCAUGAUUCGCGUGGGCGAGACCCGAUGGUGGUUGCGUUGGGGCACGCUAGCCAGUCCAGCACACUGGGUUCAGCGUUUUUUGCUAGUCAAGGGCUUUCUCGGACAAGAUUUCGGCUGCCAUGCAGCUAGCUGUUUAUCUGCGAGCGGAAAUGCUUACAUCGCGACGUUGUAUGGAGGUCUUGCAGGC